CACACAACAGAAAGUUUGGAGGCCAAGCGAGCAGUGGGAUACCGACGGAUAGGAAGUGACGGGACUGCAUGAAUUGCAGAAGUAGGAAAAAGCGGUGACGGGAAUAUCAACACAAAGCCGAAAGAGAAGCAACGUGUGCGAUCAUCGGCUGUAGUACGGAGAGCAAACUGAAAUGCGCAUGAUCUUAUCAACAACGCUGGAGCGAGAGACUUUCAAUGGAAGUGAUCUGGGAUCCCAGAAGUGAGAAGCAGAGAUUUUAGUUAAGAACCUAGUCGUCCCAUUUUCAUGAGCGUACUUGUGAUACUGGAAAUAACUUGCACACAGCGGACCAUAUGGAAGUGCGACAUGCGAUCUAUAGUUUGAAAAUGAAAGAAACGACUUUAAAUAAAAAUCAAAGAAAAUAGUUAGGGGAUAUGAACGCAGAUCUUUGGAUUUCGCCGCGGUUUUUUCAUCUGUCGUGUUCAGUUUUGCGCAUUUUGGGUAUGUUUGCGAGUUGCGUCUCUGUGGCUUCAGUUCGGAUACUGACCCGGGUCUGCGCCCUGGUGCUGCUGGUGGCGGUGGGACUGUGCUCCGAGCUGAGGGUCCGGGUCCGGCUCGCUGACGGGCUGGUGACCGAGGAGGUUUUGGAGGCGGACAUUGAGAGAGAUUUAAUAUCAGUCGAAUUCAAGCAGGGAGACGGGGCACUCAUCACUUUUGUGGCGGACUUCAAACAGGAUGUGAAGAUAUUCAGAGCGCUGAUCCUGGGCGAGCUGGAAAGAGGACAGAACCAGUACCAGGCAGUGUGCUUCAUCUCUCGCCUUAGCCGCAAUGAGAUCAUCCCGAGCGAGUCAAUGGCCCGUCUCAGACAGAAAAAUCCUCAUGCCAUCAGAUUGGCGGAAGAGCGGAGAGGACUGGAGCAGCUGACGAUGAGCGCCGCGGUUAAUUUAAGUCAGGCCUCUCAACUCAGCUCCCACAUUCACAAUAUGUGCAGCGAGGCCCGGGAGGCCAUUUACACCAGGGAGUCCGAUGUCAAACACUGGCUGGACAAAGGAGUGGAUGGCUCCAUAUUCGAGGUCCUGCCUCAAACAACAGAGGCGCCCAGCUUUCAGGCCUGUCACUCUACUAAAGACUUGUGGCAGCCCUGUCUCUGCACAUACAGCCUGCGUCUGGAGUGGUACCCAUGUUUGCUGAAGUACUGCCGCAGUCGGGACACCACAGGCAAAGGCUCCACCUACAAGUGUGGCAUCAAGAGCUGCAGCAAGGGCUACCAUUUCACAUACUAUGUUCCCCAAAAACAGAUGUGCCUAUGGGACGAGGAGACCUAGCAUUUUAUUCUGGAUCGUUAAGAAAAGAUAAAUACUUUUUUUCCCCUAGCCAAGCCAAUGCUUCCCCACCCAGGCUAUUCAAAGCAAACAGUAACACUGGACCUCGGUUUAUGUGAUGUUUAGUGAAACUGUCUCAGGUGGGGAGUGGUGGGAUCCAGAUGUUCAAGCUGAAAUAUAAAUGAAUUCAGGUUCAAAAUGAGACCAAAACCAUUACAGGAAGCAGAAAUGCAACGUGUGUUUCUAAGAGAAACCACUAACCUUUGGCCUUUUUCUGGAAAAAUGUACAUAUUUUUUGUCAACGAUAAUGUGACUUUGCCAAUAAGCUGUCCCUUUUGUGCCUUUUUUUGGAGAAAUUAUUGGAGCAGAAGACAGAUGCCAACAACAAUAACCUCCCAGUAUGCACAAAGCUGGACAGUGCAUGCCAGGUCAGUCAAACACCAGCAGAGGAACAACAGAGUCCAACUCUGAUCAAAGGAAGAUACUGGAUAUAGAUAAUCUUCCACACUAGCUAAGGAAAGGUGUAUGGUUUUGGACUAAUCUAUUUUAUGAAGCUCUGUGAAAAUAGCCAGCUAAACUAAAGCUGGCUGACAAAGGAAAUGCUUCUUCAAUGCUGGCUUUAUUUAUUUUAGUUGCAAAGUGAAAUUAUUGAGGACUAUUUUUUAUAUAUUUUUGCCUUAAGCAAGUGGUAAAAGUCACAUGUCUAAACAAAAGGUUGUUAGAAACGAUAACUAUUUUAAACACAUUGUAGAACCGUUUAACCUCUUGGAUUUUGGAUGUUGUUUCAAGUAUGAUCCUUAUGUCAUAAUACUUGCACGUUUUCAUGUAUGUAAAAACAGGUUUAUUAUCUUCUUUAUUGGAGACUGUUGUACUUCAGCUCUUCUCCAUCAAGACCUGGGGGGCACUCACAUUAUAAUGUCUUUAGCUCAAAUAAACCAAAGUGAAUGGAUAUACAAAAGAAGUAAAAGAAGAGUUUAAAGUUUCACUUUCGAGCAACAUACUCUUCACUGUGGCGUUUUUUAAGGAUUCGCUGAACCUGCAGUGUGGCCUUUUAAAUCAUCUAUACUGCCACCUUCUGGUAAAACAGUAUAUUUCUCGUUGUUUCCCAAUGCCAAAUUGCUUUUCAUGGUUUUCAGUUUUGUUCAUGUCAACUGUUAAAUGUCUAUAAUUUAUGCAACUCAAGUCCCUGAGCACAACUCAUGCCAUUCAAGGAAAGCGUUUUAACUUGUGGGACCACAUUUAAUUGUAUCUGUCUGUUCUCCAGAGCAAAAGGUUGGUACUAUUUUGGGUUUUCUUACCUCCUCCUUCAUUUCAUUCUUUACCGCUAUAUGAAAAAAAAGUUUCUGUUCUGUGUGUUGGUAUAUCCUGCUAACUAAUGAACCAAAUGAGUGAAACAUAUGUGGCCUUAACUGGUUAUCAAGUGCCUUAACAUUUCCACUGAUAUCUUUGCUAUGUAAUUGUAGAUUAAGUUUGUAAACAUAUUUUUUCUAUGAAAGAGUUUUAAAACAUGUUGUAAAAAAGUUGCCAUAAGAAGAAAAUUAAGCAUUUAGGUAACGUGCCAUUUGAGAGUUGAGUUUCAAUAAAGUCUUACUUUGCACUGCUUAUACAA